AACCCGUAUAUAGAUACAUAAUCGUGAUGAGUGUGUUGGCGCAGCCGUGUAAACAACGUCAUGCAUCCUCUUUUAUCGACAGGGUGCAUUCAAUAGAAACAAUCUGCGUUUCUCAUUAAAUCUAUGCACCGUGCUUUGGCUGCAUGGUGCGCAUACAGUCGUGGAUCAAGCCAUAUACGCAGCCCAGUGACCGGAAAAUAAAAAGCUGCUCCGCACAAGCAAAAAGCCAUCGCAUCAUCAGAGACGAGCAUCUGGACGGUUCAGCACAGAAGGGUGGAGUAAAGAGCCAGAGCAGCUCCGGGCUGUUGUCGAGCGUCUCAUUUGCGCAGAUGCACAGAUUCCCCCAGCUCCGUGAAAACGGACCGAGCUGCAGCAUUAACACAAGAGAAGGUACAGGCUCUUUUUCUUAUUAGUUGACUACAUCACUGUCUCCUGCUGCUGCUCUGGAUACAUUCUGAGCAAAGAAACCGUUAGCGGACGAGACGCGCAAUUACGCAAUGAGUGGCGAACGCUUCUAGGGAGACAAGAAAAGGGAGAGACGGUGGGGGACGGUUGGGGGAUGCUGUAGUAACCAUCCCGGUCUCCAGAUCAGAGGUCGGUCAUGGUAGGACGGGGAAUCUGGGUUUGUAAAGCCCGGCUCGGGAAGCGAGGGAGCCGGCUCGGGGUUCUGCCCUUUCUGUGCGCUGCGGCCGCGUGCGCGGCGCUGCUGGCCCUGCUCUUCGUGGACCUCAUCGAGUCAUGGGUCACCUCCAGGAACAUGAACACCGUGGUGGAGCCGCACGCCGGCAUUAUCCCCCUGCAGAGCGUCCCCCCCGCCAGACCCGAGGAGUUCCUGCUCAUGCCCAGCCCGCUCGUUUGCCAGCGUGCCAAGCCUUACCUCAUCACCAUGGUCACGACGGCCCCCGCCGAUCAGAGGGCCCGCCAAGCCAUCCGGGACACCUGGGGUGGGGAGGUGGAGGUGAGGGGCCUGCGGGUCAUGACCCUCUUCAUGGUGGGCGUUGCGUCUAGCCCAGGACUGGCCAAGCUGCUGAUAGAGGAGGCCAGGGAGCGAGGGGAUCUGGUCCAGGGCCGGUUUUUGGACACCUACUCCAACCUCACCCUGAAGACCCUGUCCAUGCUGAGCUGGGCCCGCAGAUUCUGCCCUCAGGCCCACUUCAUGGCCAAAGUGGACGAUGAUGUCCUCUUCAAUCCCAGCGCCCUCCUGCACUUCCUGAACAAGAGCCGUAACCCCUAUGAGCAAGGAGACCUGUACCUUGGCAGGGUGCAUCUCCAUGUGGCCCCAGACCGUGAUCCAGACAGCAAGCACUACCUCCCUUCAGGUGCCUAUCCUCCCUCUGUCUUCCCAGACUAUUGCAGUGGCACGGCCUACGUUCUGUCCCGUUCUGCAUUGCUCAAAAUCUCCAUGGCAGCCUCUGCUUCACCUUUAUCCACACCUCUGCCCCCUGAGGAUGUGUUUGUGGGUCUAUGUGCCCGGACUGCUGGCGUGCUACCCUCACAUUGCCCUCUCUUCUCUGGUGGUCCAGGCGUUCCCUAUGGGCGCUGCUGUUACCAGGCCAUGGUGUCCAUCCACCACAUCCCACCCAGGGAGAUGCUGCAGUUCUGGGCUGACGCUCACUUAUCUCCUCAAUGCUCUUGGCUGAGUCUUCGUGCUUCACUGGGGGUGUGCAAAGUCAGGGCGAUGCUGGGGUCGGCUCUGGGGCUGGAGCAGGGGUUGUGAGGGGUACCCGGGCAGGAGAACAGGAACCAGUGGGGCUGUGCCUCGCUUCCAUGCUGUGAACAGCACAAGUGCUCUUCAUAUUGUGAAGCUGCACUAUGUGUGCACUGAGAAAAGGGCAGUUUAUUUUUAUAGCUUUAUUUUUUUAAACACUAUUUAACAGGCUGGGAGUGUGAAGAAUCUCACCUUAAAAAGCUCCCUAGACUGUUACAGCUUCCGCAAUUGUAACAUUGACACAUACUGUAGAUGUAGAACAAACAACUUUGUCAUGCUGAUAAUGUAUAGCCAUGAAGGAGAUACUUCUAUUACCUUGUAAGGGACGUCUAUAAGCUGGUACAUUUAUAAGCUGCUGCUGCUGUUAGGUGUAGUUUACCACCACUUAAAUUGUACAUGAUUAUAGUCAUUUAUAGUCUAUUAAGAUGCUUAAAUGCAUGUCUCCAAAAAACAGUGCAAUUGGACUCACAAAAUGCAUUUGUAGGCAGUACAUGUAUGUAGGAUGUAACGAAAAAAAAAAGAGACAUUAUCUUCAAAAACAAUCACCUCGGUAUAUGAAAUUACUAUUUUGCCAGCUAGUAAUAAGGACAUGGUGGCACGUGCAUCCAUGGGGCAUCGAUUCAUCUGUUGGAGACAUUUUGGCUCAGUUAUGCUGCUAAAUCAAGAACAGUGAAGAGGAUGUGAUACGACUACUCAACGCCAUUUCAGUAUUCUGAUCCUCUUUCCUGCAACAGUGAGAUCAACCAUGAAGUCAAGGAUGAAUGAGAGUUUUGUGCUGAUGGGUCUAGACUGGGGUUUAGUCUCUGCUAGUAGUCAGUGUAAAAUGAUGAGGUCAUUUUUAAAGUCUGCAAUAUGCUAAAGAUCAAGUGUCAGGCUGUCUUGUUCCUUCGGUAAACAUGGAGGUCAGUGUGUUUACACUCAGGAAAUAUACGUACAAAUCCAUUACUGUCACAAAUAAACCUAUGUAUCUGAACUCAGUGUUGCCUGGUUUCUUUUUCAGGCAAACAGACAGGAAACUCAAUUGAAAGAGAAGGGUUUCACUAUGACAAAGAAACCUACAGGAGCACAAACAGUUUCGAGCUGAUUUGAUUAUGAAACUAAUGUUGAGCUUGAGGCAUCAUCAGCCCUACCUUGACUUGUUUGUCUAUCGCAUUCCUUUUCAUGGGAAUCAGUGAUUCGCAUAACAAACAGCUGGGAAUCAGUGAGUCGCAUAACAAACAGCUACGACACAUGUCUGUGAUUGAUUCUCUUUGAGUUCACUGCCAUAUGACCUGAAAACGUGAGAAGAGAAACCUGGAGUGAAGGAGCCUCAUACAUGCAAAAUGCUUCUAAUCGACCGAAUACCGGCGGUGAGGGAAAACCACUUUCCUAGCCACGUCAGAUGUGGUAUGAGGAACUUUUGAACACAUCCUGAAAGAUCACACCUCAUCUGGUAAUGUAAAAGACAAGUGGAAACUUUUGUCAGACGAAGAUGACGCAGGUUUAAAACUCCUUCAUCAACUGGUUUCAAGAGUUUGUGUUGCUUCCCUCAGAU